ACCGUGCUCAGUAGCCAGCCAUGAGCUGUGAGGGUCAAACAUAGCUACCCAUCAGAUGAUCUGCUCUCAGGCUUCCUGAACCCCGGGCCAUCGAGGACAAGUAGCUCUCUCUGCCCUUCCUCAAAAGUAGCUGAACCAUUGCUUGCUCCUCCUGCUCCUGCGGGCUUCUGCUGCUGCCCCCUCUGGCUCGUUAAAUUGCCAUCCGAGGCUCUCAACUUUGGGCCAUCUACCUGGGGCAUGGGGCUCUCAGAUGUCCAUCUCUGGCCAGUGCUUCUGUGGGCAUUGGCGUGGGUGCAGAGCGCAAGAUCUGUGUGCCCGUCCUGUGGAGGCCCAACCCUGGUACCCCAAGGAGAACGCGCUCUGGUCCUAGAGCUAGCCAAGCAGCAAAUUCUGAAGGGGCUGCACCUGACCAGCCGUCCCAGAAUAAGUCGUCCUCUGCCCCAGGCCGCACUAACCAGAGCCCUCCGGAAACUGCAGCCCCAGAGCGUGGUUCCUGGCAACCGAGAGGAAGUCAUCAGCUUUGCUACCACCGUAGGCAAAUCCACUUCAGCCUACCGCUCCAUGCUCACAUUCCAGCUGUCCCCUCUUUGGUCCCACCACCUGUACCAUGCUCGCCUCUGGCUGCAUGUGCCUCCGUCUCUCCCUGGCACGCUCUCCCUGAGAAUCUUCCGUUGCGGCACCAGGAGGUGCCGAGGAUCCCGCACCUUCCUAGCUGAGCACCAAGCGACUUCCUCAGGCUGGCACGCCCUGACUCUGCCCUCUAGUGGUCUGCGGAGUGAGGAAUCUGGAGUCGUUAAACUCCAACUGGAUUACAGACCCCGGGACCCUAACAGCACUGUCACUGGCCUGCCAAGGCGACUCUUGGACACAGGGGGACAGCAACGUCCCUUCUUGGAACUUAAGAUCAGAGCUAAUGAACCCGGAGCAGGUCGGGCCAGGAGGAGGACUCCCACCUGUGAGCCUGAGACCCCCUUAUGUUGUAGGCGAGACCACUAUGUGGACUUCCAGGAGCUGGGGUGGCGAGACUGGAUCCUGCAGCCUGAAGGAUAUCAGCUGAAUUACUGCAGUGGGCAGUGCCCGCCCCACCUGGCUGGCAGCCCUGGCAUUGCUGCCUCCUUCCAUUCCGCUGUCUUUAGCCUCCUCAAAGCCAACAACCCUUGGCCUGCAGGCUCUUCCUGCUGUGUCCCCACUGCCCGAAGACCUCUCUCAAUCCUCUACCUCGACCAGAACGGCAACGUGGUCAAGACCGAUGUGCCAGACAUGGUAGUAGAGGCCUGCGGCUGCAGCUAGCAAGAAGACCUAAAGGUUCUGAGUGAAGUUCAAGGUUCAAGUUGAGGGUUCCCUGGCAAAAGACUCCCGUGUCUGGAAGCGUGAGAUUUGCUGACGCAGGCAAACAUGCAACCUGGCAGUGUGACUGGGUUUGACCUCUACGGAACUGAGAUGGGCAUUUUCUCGUCCUAGAUUCCGGUCUAUUUCAGGCUGUUUCAAAUGUGGCCAGAUGGGGAAACUGCUUCCUUUUCAGGGGACUGCCUGGCCAGCGCCAUUUCCUACGUGGAGCCCUGUUCCAGGACAGCAAGGGAUGUCGUGGGAGGGA